AUUUAUUGAAUGUAUCAUCGCCUAAUUCAUCUCCAUGGCAUCCAGGAUCUCUGACACUUUCAUUUUUCCCAGAAUUGAAUAAUAAAACAAAUAAAGAAAUACAUAAAAAGAAGCCUAAAAUUCAAUCCCAUUUUGAUGAAGAAACCUCAAAAUUUACAUAUGAAAAUCAAAAGUUGAAAGUCACUCUUUCUAUUGGAAAACAUGCUAACAAUAUGAUCAUUAAAUCAGCAAAGAUAUAUCCACGUCGACGACAUGAACGAUCACAUUCAACACUGUCAUCAACACUGCAUCAUAGUACUAAUGAUGUAGAAGAUGAGAAUGCGGUUAAAAGUUCACAUAAACGACCAAAACAUUCAUUAAGUUUAUCACAUGAAAAUAUAAUUUGGCCAAAUCAGAAAAGAAUUCAUAGAAUUAUUUGUAAAGGUGGUUGUAAGUAUAGAGCUACAGAAAAUAUUGUCCUAUCUAUCAAUGAUACUUGUGUUUUACGACAGUAUCAUAAAAAGAACAUUUCAAAUUUUCGAAAUAAUGUGAAGGCCUGA